GGGGGUCGCCUGUGUUUACUCUCGGACGGUCGGCCGCUGUCUCCGGGACUAUAUCGUUCCGCCUCCCAUUCACCACGUGGUCCUGUCCGUGCCCCUGCCGGGCCCGGCGUAGGGUGGUGUGAGUGUCCACGUGACGCGGUGGUGGGGCGGCGUCUGCCGGUGUCAGCCGGCUCCAGUGCCACACGGAUCGGGCAGCGGCACACAGAGGUCAGCUCUCGGUGAUAGAGGGCACACGGAGGCUAGUGUGAGCUGUGAGACUUCUGAGAGUUGAGAACUGUGAACUGUGAGCAGCGCCCGUGGAUCGGAAGUGGCGCUGAGGAAACAAGGAGUCGUGAGUGACCUGUGAUAAAGACGCGAAUCCGAGUGACACGUUGGGAACUUACUGGAACGAUGGAGCGCUGCAGUGCUGAUCAGUGUCCGGAGUUUGAUGGAGAUUCGGGGAGCUUAACACCCCACCCUGAGCUGAAUCCGGAACCUCCGGGGAGCCGUCAGGAGCCGGGGCCGGAGCAGGAGCAGGAGUUGCGCGAGGCGUGUGGCGUGUUCGGCGUGGUGGCCGCCAAGCCGUGGCCGACUCAGCUCUCGGUCGCCCACACCAUCUACAUGGGUCUGCUGGCGAUACAGCACCGCGGUCAGGAGAGCGCCGGCAUCGUCACCAGCGACGGCAGCGACGCCGAGUUCUGCCAGCAGCGCGGCGUCGGCCUGGUGUCGAGCGUGUUCAGCGGCGAGCAGCUGGCGCGCCUGCCGGGUAGUCUCGGCCUCGGCCACACGCGCUACUCGACUGUCGGCGCGUCCGACUCCCGGCACUGCCAGCCGUUCAUUGUGCACUCGAAGCACGGUCUGGUGGCGCUGGCGCAUAACGGAGAGCUGAUUAACGCAGCCCGGCUGAGGAGGGAGGUGCUGGACCGCGGCGUGGGGCUGUCCACCACCUCCGACUCUGAGCUCAUAAUGCAGCUGCUCUCACUGGCGCCGCCCUGUGGCGAGCCCAACGGAGCCGACUGGCCGGCCCGGAUCCGACACCUCAUCAGGGCCACACCCACGUCAUACUCCAUCGCUGUGCUCUACAAGGACCGACUGUUCGCCGCCCGGGAUCCGUACGGGAACCGCCCGCUCUGCCUGGGGGAGCUCCGAGAGGUGUCGGCCGGUAUCGGCGGCGCGCAGAACGGCGUCCAUUCGUCCCCGCUCGGCUAUGUCGUGUCGUCCGAGUCGUGCGCGUUCCAGUCGGUCGGAGCGGCGUUCCUCCGUGAUGUCGAGCCGGGGGAGAUCGUCGAGGUGACCUCGUCUGGCGUGCGCAGUAUUGAUGUGGUCCCGAGACGCGGCGACGACCCGCCCGCCUUCUGCAUCUUCGAGUACGUCUACUUCUCUCGCCCGGACAGCUGGAUCGAAGGUCAAAUGGUGUACUCCGUUCGCGAGCGAUGCGGCGCACAGCUGGCUCGCGAGAAGCCAGUACCAGCCGACAUCGUCUCGACUGUUCCCGAGUCCGCCACACCGGCUGCGCUCGGGUUCGCGCGUCAGUCGGGUAUCCCGUACGUCGAGGUGUUCUGCAAGAACCGCUACGUGGGCCGCACGUUCAUCCAGCCGGACCAGCGAGCGCGUGCGCUCGGCGUCAGUAAGAAGUUCGGCGUGCUGCGCGGUAAUGUCGAGGGUCGACGCGUCGUGAUCGUUGACGAUUCGAUUGUCCGAGGAACGACCGUCGGGCCGAUUGUGAAACUCCUAAAAGAGAACGGGGCCGCUGAGGUGCACAUCCGUGUCGCCUCGCCUCCCAUCAGCCACCCCUGCUACAUGGGGAUCAACAUCCCGACCCGGAAGGAGCUGUUCGCCAACCGGGUACCCUCUGAGCAGCGAGCGGCCGCCGUGGGGGCGGAUAGUCUCGAGCACCUCUCCGUGGAGGGUCUGAAAGCAGCGGUGCGGCAGGGCCUGAAGAGACCGGAGCGGUCGGGUCAGUGUGUGGCCUGUCUGACUGGGGAGUACCCCGUGGAGCUGGACUGGUGACCUGGCGGUGACCUGAUGAGUCAGUCACCUUGUGACCUGGGGUCUGGUGACCUGGGGGUGACCUGAUGGGGACCUGAUGAGCCAUCGUCUGGUGACCUGGGGUCUAGUGAGCUGGUGAUUGAGAUUGGCCCAGGGAAAGUUUUUGAUAUAGGUCUACACAGGGCGGAAGAAAUAAAGCUGCACUCGCUGGCGUUUCGGCGAUGCACAUCAACUUAUUUUCUAUGUCUAUCGCUGCCUUUCCCUAUAGUACACCACUCACCAGACUCUGUAUUGAAGGGCUGUAUUCAUGUGCCGUUUUUUAAAAAGACAUUUUUAUGCGCCCGCUCGUCAAGGAUCGUAGAGCAAAUCAAUUUCGUUUUGUUCUGUAAGCUGCCGAUCGAAUAUAUGCAUUGUAUGAUA